AGUUGAAGAUGACUCAAUUUUUUUUUUUAGUCUAUAUUUUCAAAAUGAGCCAUCAUUAAUUAUACAGAUCUUGAUUUGAUCAUCAUAUAGAAACACUCAGCUUAGAGAUAGAUCCAAUAGUGACAAUGGCAGGCAAUGUGUAUACGAUUGUGGUCAAGUUGGGGACUUCGUCGUUGGUAGAUGAGGUUACCAGAGAGCCUAGGAUUGCAAACAUGUCAUUGAUUGUUGAAACAAUUGCAAAAUUAAGACGACAAGGACAUAAGAUUGUGAUUGUAUCAUCGGGGGCUAUUGCAUUUGGAAUGAAGAGAAUGGAGUUGACUAAGAAACCUAGUAAACUUGCAGCCAUUCAAGCAUUAGCUUCAAUCGGUCAAGGAAGAUUAAUAGGAUUAUUUGAUGAUUUAUUCAGACAGUUGAAUGAAAGAAUUGCUCAAGUCUUAAUAACAAGAAAUGAUAUCAUGGAUUUUACUCAAUAUAAGAAUGCUAGAAAUACUUUAGUCGAAUUGCUAGAUAUGGGUGUUAUUCCUAUAGUUAAUGAAAAUGAUACACUUUCAGUUGCAGAAAUUAAAUUUGGUGAUAAUGAUACUCUUUCAGCCAUAACAGCAGGUAUGAUUCAUGCUGAUUAUUUAUUUUUGAUGACAGAUGUUGAAUGUUUGUAUACGGAUAAUCCAAGAACCAAGCCAGAUGCAAAGCCAAUACUUGUGGUGGAGAAAAUUGAUGAGUUGGAGGUCAAAACAAAUGAUGCAGGUGCUGGUUCUCAAGUAGGAACCGGAGGAAUGACAACGAAAUUAAUCGCGGCUGAGCUUGCUACAAAUGCUGGUGUAACCACCAUAAUUACGUUAUCCAGUCAACCCUAUCACAUUUUAGAUAUUGUUUCCCAUAUACAAGGAUCUGAAGAACAUCAUCUUACCAUUGAACAACAAAGAGAAUUGAUGGCCACUGAUAUAGCCAGAAAGAUUAUUCCACUUCAUACAAGAUUCUUAGGACUUCUGAGAGAUAAUCAAAUCAAAUCAGAUAAAAAGUUUUGGUUAUUGCAUGGAUUAAAAACUAAAGGAACGAUUAUUAUAGAUCAAGGUUGUUUUAAAGCACUUACUAGAAAAAACAGAGCAGGUCUUCUUCCAGCUGGUAUAGUUGAUGUUGAUGGAGUAUUUCAUGAAAGUGAAUGUGUAUCCAUUAAAGUGAUUCCUACAAGGGAAUCCCCAUUAAGUGAAGCUACGGAAAUUGGUCAUUGUAGAGUGAACUAUAGUUCAACUGAAAUCAAAUUGAUUAAAGGUUUCCAAAGUAGUGACAUUGAAUCUAUCUUAGGAUAUGCUGAUAGUGAAUACGUUGCUCAUAGAGAUAAUAUAGCAUUCCCUCCAAUAGUAAAGUAA